CUAAGGAUAUUAGAAAAAUACUAUAUGAUGCAGAUCUUUAUGAAGAAACUGAUACAAUUACCUUUGAACAAGCUAUAACAAAUGUUAACAUUGAUCAGUCUAGUAUGAAUGAUGAUGAUGAUAUUGCUUCAGAAGAGUCUUUUGAGUUAGAAGAGGCUUUAAAUUUAUCAAAUUCAUUAUUUUUACCAAAAACUAGUCAAAAUGAGGCAGAUAUAGAUAAUAAUGUUUUAGAUACAGGAUCAAGUAACUGGUUGAAAAAAUUCAAUCAAGAAGAGAAUUAUGAUCUGGCUGAAUUAGAAGAAAUGUUUUUAAACUAUGAUUAG